AAUACUCGCUUCUUUUUGCCACAGGAAAAAGUCAUCUAAUGAACCUGCUGCAAUCUUUUCCUUGUUAAAUAAGCGUCAGUUCGGCAAAAUAAUAAACAAAAAGCACUUUAAAUUGUAGCUAAAGUGUCGCGGCACUUGCGCCCACAGAUUUUUGGGCGACAACUGUUUAUUUUAGGACCUUAAUGUGUGUUUGAAAAUUUUGCAAAUUUCACCAGAAGAAACUGCGACGUCGAUAACGAACGAGGCGAUAGAAAAAAACGCAUCGUGUCGAGUGCGCCACAGUCGGAGACUCCGGCCUUUAGGGGAGCACCCUUUUGGUAAUUUUAUAGGUUUUUAAUAAAGAAAAAUUUUGUUAUUGGGAAAAAAAAGUAGACUAUAAUUAUGUCGACUAAUGACUCCAAGGCGCCCUUGCGCCAAGUAAAACGGGUGCAGUUCGGUAUAUUGUCACCUGAUGAAAUCCGUCGAAUGUCCGUCACAGAAGGUGGCGUACAGUUUGCUGAGACAAUGGAAGGUGGCCGACCCAAAUUGGGUGGUCUAAUGGACCCGCGUCAAGGUGUAAUCGAUCGAACGUCUCGUUGUCAAACAUGCGCUGGCAAUAUGACGGAGUGCCCCGGACAUUUUGGACAUAUCGACUUGUCCAAACCAGUUUUUCACAUUGGUUUUAUAACAAAGACUAUAAAGAUAUUGCGUUGUGUGUGCUUUUACUGCUCUAAAAUGUUAGUAUCGCCACAAAAUCCAAAAAUAAAGGAGAUUGUGAUGAAAUCGAAGGGACAGCCACGUAAGCGUCUGGCAUAUGUGUACGAUUUAUGUAAGGGUAAAACUGUGUGCGAGGGUGGAGAGGAUAUGGAUAUGGCAAAAGAUGGACAACAGGCGGAUCCCAAUAAAAAGCAAGGCCACGGUGGCUGUGGUCAUUAUCAACCAUCACUUAGACGUAGCGGGUUAGAGUUAACGGCUGAAUGGAAGCAUGUAAAUGAGGACUCGCAGGAAAAGAAAAUUGUAGUUUCUGCAGAGCGUGUUUGGGAAAUCCUGAAACACAUAACAGAUGAAGAAUGUUUCAUUCUGGGCAUGGAUCCCAAAUAUGCUCGUCCCGAUUGGAUGAUUGUAACUGUGUUACCCGUUCCACCACUAUCGGUACGACCGGCAGUCGUUAUGUUUGGUGCAGCUAAGAAUCAGGACGAUUUAACACACAAGUUGGCUGAUAUUAUUAAAGCCAAUAAUGAAUUGAAGAAGAACGAGGGCACAGGCGCAGCAGCGCAUGUUAUUCAAGAGAAUAUAAAAAUGCUGCAAUUCCAUGUCGCAACGUUGGUGGACAACGACAUGCCUGGUAUGCCCCGUGCUAUGCAAAAAUCUGGAAAACCACUCAAAGCUCUUAAAGCGCGCUUGAAGGGCAAAGAAGGUCGUAUUCGUGGCAAUUUGAUGGGUAAGCGUGUCGACUUCUCGGCACGUACUGUCAUCACACCAGAUCCCAACUUGCGUAUUGACCAAGUCGGUGUGCCGCGUUCCAUUGCACAAAAUCUAACAUUUCCAGAACUGGUGACGCCUUUUAAUAUCGAUCGUAUGCAGGAGCUAGUACGUCGAGGUAAUUCACAAUACCCUGGUGCAAAAUACAUUGUACGUGAUAACGGCGAACGUAUAGAUUUACGUUUCCAUCCCAAGCCAUCAGAUUUGCAUUUACAAUGUGGCUACAAAGUAGAAAGGCAUUUACGUGAUGACGAUUUGGUUAUUUUCAAUCGUCAGCCAACUUUGCAUAAAAUGAGUAUGAUGGGCCAUCGUGUAAAAGUAUUGCCCUGGUCUACAUUCCGUAUGAAUUUAUCCUGUACUUCACCUUACAAUGCUGAUUUUGACGGCGACGAAAUGAACUUGCAUGUACCACAAUCUAUGGAAACGCGCGCUGAGGUUGAAAAUAUUCAUAUUACCCCUCGUCAGAUUAUCACACCACAGGCUAACAAACCCGUCAUGGGUAUUGUGCAGGAUACCCUUACAGCUGUACGUAAAAUGACAAAGCGUGAUGUAUUUAUCACACGCGAACAGAUGAUGAACUUGCUUAUGUUCUUACCCACAUGGGAUGGCAAAGUGCCACAGCCAUGUAUUUUGAAACCGCGUCCCCUUUGGACGGGCAAACAACUCUUCUCAUUGAUUAUUCCUGGCAACGUGAAUAUGAUACGUACACAUUCUACCCAUCCAGACGACGAGGAUGAAGGUCCAUACAAAUGGAUCUCACCCGGUGACACAAAAGUAAUGGUCGAACAUGGUGAAUUGAUCAUGGGUAUUCUAUGUAAAAAGACACUAGGUACUUCUGCUGGAUCCUUGCUGCAUAUUUGUUUCUUAGAAUUGGGUCAUGAAAUCGCUGGUCGUUUCUACGGCAACAUUCAAACUGUAAUUAAUAAUUGGUUAUUGCUCGAAGGCCACAGCAUUGGUAUUGGUGACACAAUUGCCGAUCCUCAGACAUAUACAGAAAUUCAGACAGCCAUCAAAAAGGCCAAAGACGAUGUCAUAAACGUUAUUCAAAAAGCGCACAACAUGGAAUUGGAGCCAACACCAGGUAAUACCUUGCGUCAAACUUUCGAGAAUCAAGUAAAUCGUAUUCUAAAUGAUGCUCGUGACAAAACUGGUGGAUCAGCUAAGAAAUCGCUGACAGAAUAUAAUAACUUAAAGGCUAUGGUGGUGUCGGGUUCUAAAGGUUCCAACAUUAAUAUCUCACAGGUUAUUGCUUGUGUGGGUCAACAGAACGUCGAGGGUAAACGUAUACCAUACGGUUUCCGUAAGCGCACAUUGCCACAUUUCAUUAAAGACGAUUACGGUCCUGAGUCGCGUGGCUUCGUCGAAAAUUCGUAUCUCGCCGGCUUAACACCUUCAGAAUUCUAUUUCCACGCUAUGGGUGGUCGUGAAGGUCUUAUCGAUACUGCUGUCAAAACUGCUGAAACUGGUUAUAUUCAACGUCGUCUCAUAAAGGCUAUGGAGUCUGUUAUGGUUAACUAUGAUGGUACGGUGCGUAAUUCUGUGGGUCAGCUAAUUCAGUUGCGUUACGGCGAGGACGGUUUGGCUGGUGAAACAGUAGAGUUUCAGAAUUUGCCAACUGUCAAAUUAUCUAAUAAAGCAUUUGAGAAGCGAUUCAGAUUUGAUUGGUCUAAUGAGCGUUAUAUGCGCAAAGUUUUCACGGAUGAGGUGAUCAAAGAGCUGAGUGAGAGCGGUAAUGCGUUGCCAGAGUUGGAAAUCGAGUGGGAUCAGUUAUGUCACGAUCGUCAAGCCUUGCGUGAAAUUUUCCCCAAUGGCGACUCAAAGGUAGUACUACCGUGUAACUUGCAGCGUAUGAUUUGGAAUGUGCAGAAAAUUUUCCACAUUAACAAACGCUUGCCAACAGAUCUCUCGCCUUUGCGUGUUAUUAAUGGCGUGCGUGAUUUACUGCAACGCUGCGUUAUAGUGGUGGGCAAUGAUCGUCUCUCCAAACAGGCCAACGAGAACGCCACGUUGCUGUUUCAAUGUUUAGUUCGUUCCACACUUUGUACUAAAUAUGUAGCAGAAGAGUUUCGUCUGUCAACAGAAGCCUUCGAAUGGUUGAUUGGUGAAAUUGAGACACGCUUCCAACAAGCGCAGGCAAAUCCCGGCGAGAUGGUAGGCGCUUUGGCUGCGCAGAGUUUGGGUGAACCCGCUACACAGAUGACACUGAACACUUUCCAUUUUGCUGGUGUGUCUUCGAAGAACGUAACAUUGGGUGUGCCGCGUCUAAAAGAAAUUAUCAACAUAUCCAAGAAACCAAAGGCGCCUUCUCUAACUGUAUUCCUGACAGGUGGUGCGGCGCGUGAUGCAGAAAAGGCAAAGAAUGUAUUGUGUCGAUUGGAACAUACCACGCUACGCAAGGUUACUGCUAAUACAGCAAUUUACUAUGAUCCUGAUCCCCAAAGAACAGUAAUAUCUGAGGAUCAGGAAUUCGUCAACGUCUAUUACGAGAUGCCUGAUUUUGAUCCGACACGUAUUUCGCCAUGGUUGCUGCGUAUUGAAUUGGAUCGUAAACGUAUGACUGAUAAGAAAUUGACUAUGGAACAAAUCGCAGAAAAGAUUAACGCCGGCUUUGGUGACGAUUUGAAUUGUAUUUUCAAUGACGAUAACGCCGACAAAUUGGUGCUACGUAUACGUAUAAUGAACAAUGAAGAAACUAAGUUCCAAGAUGAGGACGAGGCUGUCGAUAAAAUGGAGGACGAUAUGUUCUUGCGUUGCAUUGAAGCAAACAUGCUUUCAGACAUGACAUUGCAGGGCAUCGAAGCCAUUGGCAAGGUGUAUAUGCAUUUGCCGCAAACGGACAGCAAAAAGCGUAUAGUCAUAACGGAGACAGGAGAAUUCAAGGCCAUUGGAGAAUGGUUAUUGGAAACUGAUGGUACUUCAAUGAUGAAAGUACUCUCUGAACGCGAUGUGGAUCCGGUGCGUACAUCGUCUAACGAUAUUUGUGAGAUUUUCCAAGUGUUGGGUAUCGAAGCUGUGCGUAAGUCAGUUGAAAAAGAAAUGAACGCUGUUCUACAGUUCUAUGGCUUGUACGUGAACUAUCGUCAUUUGGCCUUGUUGUGUGACGUAAUGACGGCUAAGGGCCAUUUGAUGGCUAUUACUCGCCACGGUAUUAACCGGCAGGACACUGGUGCACUUAUGCGUUGCUCAUUCGAAGAAACCGUUGAUGUGUUAAUGGACGCUGCAGCGCAUGCGGAGACGGAUCCGAUGAGAGGUGUGUCCGAGAACAUUAUUAUGGGCCAGCUGCCGCGUAUGGGCACCGGUUGCUUUGAUCUGCUACUGGAUGCAGAAAAGUGUCGUUACGGCAUCGAAAUCCCCAGCACAUUGGGAUCAAGCAUGAUUGGUGGUUCGGCAAUGUUCUUCGGUGCUGGCUCUACACCAAGCAUGACACCACCAAUGACUCCGUGGGUACAGUGUGGCACUCCGCGUUAUUUCUCGCCAUCUGGACAAAUGGCCGGCAUGACACCUGGUGGCCCCAGUUUUUCACCAUCAGCUGCUUCUGAUGCAUCUGGCAUGUCGCCUAGUUGGUCUCCUGCCCAUCCUGGCUCAUCACCCAGCUCGCCAGGUCCUUCGAUGUCACCAUAUCUACCACCGUCGCCCAGUGUUUCCCCAUCGUACUCGCCCACUAGUCCGAAUUAUACCGCUUCGUCACCGGGCGCAGCUUCUCCGAAUUACUCACCAACAAGUCCUAAUUAUUCGCCCACAAGCCCACUUUAUCCGGCCACAAGUCCACGUUAUUCAACUACACCGAAUUUUGCACCACAAUCAACCGGUUACUCACCGUCAACUAGCGGUUAUUCGCCCACUUCUCCCGUCUAUUCGCCCACUUCGAACUAUCAGUCGUCCAGUCCGUCUUUCUCAGGCAGUGGCACAAACAUGUAUUCGCCUGGUAGUGCUUAUUCACCAACUUCAUCCAAUUACUCGCCGAAUUCGCCAAGUUAUUCGCCAACAUCACCAUCUUACUCUCCUUCGAGCCCAUCGUACUCGCCAACUUCACCUUGCUAUUCGCCAACAUCUCCUUCGUACUCGCCUUCGUCACCAAACUAUACACCCGUUACACCAUCUUAUUCGCCUACUUCUCCCAAUUAUUCGGCCUCACCACACUAUUCACCCGCUUCGCCUGCAUACUCGCAAACCGGUGUCAAAUAUUCACCCACUUCACCAACUUAUUCACCACCUUCGCCAUCGUAUGAUGGCUCUCCGGGUUCACCACAAUAUACACCGGGUUCGCCGCAGUACUCGCCGGCUUCACCGAAAUAUUCGCCAACAUCGCCACUUUAUUCUCCGAGCUCGCCGCAACAUUCACCGGCCAAUCAAUACAGUCCAACUGGAUCUAGCUACUCGGCUACAAGUCCACGCUACUCACCCAAUAUGUCGAUCUAUUCGCCUAGUAGCACUAAAUAUUCACCAACAUCUCCAACGUACACGCCCACAGCUAGAAACUAUUCACCAACAUCGCCGAUGUAUUCACCAACGGCGCCCUCACAAGGCUACAGUCCAACCAGUCCAGCAUAUUCGCCGAGUAGUCCAACUUUUGAGGAAAGCGAUGAUUAAGAAAGUCGUCUGUAAAGACUUUUGAGGCGUUUAAAGUAGUUGGCACAAUGCCAUACCCGCAAAAAUAUUCUAUUUGAUAUCCAUAUAAAAAUAUUUGUAUAGCAUUUAAGACUAAUCGUUCGAUUUCAAUGUAUAAUCAAAUUAUAAUUGUAUUGCAAUCAUUUGUAAUAAAGCGUAAAUUUGAGAGAGAAAGCUCUCUUAAAUCGCA